ACACGUUCCAGAAGGAAACCAUAAGUACAAUAACAACUAUUAUGGGUUACAUCUGCUAGGCAACAGAUCAGACCACCAGCUGAACUAGGCCAUUGCUAUGGGUGAUGGUACGUCCAUACUGUUCGGGUGAAUCACAGGUCAAUAUGGCUGCGCUCACGUCACGUUCUUUAUCAAUGCUCUCCAUAUCUCUCUAACCAAAUCAACAGACCAGUUGGAUUAGUAUGACUUUUUAUGUAGUAGAAACUCCAAAUAACAGUGGCUCAUACAAAUUAGAAGUUUGUGGGCUGGGAAUUCAGCUCAGUGCUGCUGCCGCCUCCCUCGCAAGCACAAGGUCCUGAGUUCAGUCCCCAGUACCAAAAACAAAAGUUUGUAUCUCUUUCAUGUUGAAGUCAAAAUCCAUUUCCCGCAGUCAGGGACUCAGUUCCCUUUCUUGUCUGCCAUCCUAAGGUGUUAACCUCAUCUAGAUGGUCCAUGACUUCUUGGCUGUGAUAUAGCCAGCAGGGAGGAGGGUGUCAUAGGAAAGAUCUCCCUUUCCUCUAAGAAGCAUUUUUGCUUUCAGGCCCUUGGCAAGAGCUGGGAAUGAAGAAAUGAAAUCGAACUUGAUAGGUCUAGUUAAAAGUAAGGGUGUCUACUGAAGAAAGGGCAAUUGGACCUUGUGGCUUCUAUUCUGCGUCAUACUUAGGCUAAUCAAAUUUUCUUUCUUGAGAAUAUAAACUGAGUAGCAAAUUGGCAAUUUCAUUGUGGGAAGAUAACAACAUGUUGUCUUCCACUGACUCCUAAUGCUCGUGGGAAGCUGGAAACGACUUUUCAGGUUCCCGUCUCCAGGGGGGCAGCAGUACCUCACAGGUUUUUCUUGGGACCUGGCUAUUUCCGUAUUGAGGUAAUUUCUGUAACUGAAAUUCUACCUUUCCUAAUUCAGAAGGAUAGCAUGGCGCAACCCUCCCUGCUUACUCAAAGCAAACUGAAGCAAUCUGUCCCAGCUACACGGACCUAAUUGUGGAGACUCGGCAGAAAGAAUGGCGAUGGGGGAGCAUUCAGGCAUUUCCCCUUAGAAGGAGCACAGCAGCUAAGCUGGGAAGUUUGCGUGGCCAAGGGGCCCGCCUUCCGGGACUACGGCAACAGGGAGUAAACAUCCCAGGUGUGACCCGACCAGCAACUAUCCACCAGACCAAGUCCAGGAAGAAGAGAAGAGGCUACUGAACAGUCUGCACUCGCCCACCAGCUAGCGGAAAUGGACGAGCGGGCCGCGGGGUCCUCUGGGAAGCGGCGCCUAGGAGGGAGACGCGCCCUGCGAAGGAUUCUGGGAAUUGUAGUUCAGCUUCGAGAUCUGUAGGCGCCUGCUCCGCCCCAACGGCUCUCAGUUGUCUUUGUUACUUAGCUUGACUACUCGUUGUCGGUCCCGGGUUGGAGGAGGGCUGAGCGCGGAGACUUUUGAUUUUGAGUGCCCGGAAGGAGGGAGGCGGAGAGCCUCGGCGGAGGAAGCGCGUUCCCGGCCUCUCGGUGGACCCGAGCUGUCGUCCCCGGCCCUAGGCGGAGAAGGGAGUCUCAAUGGAUCCUGGAGGCAGAGGAUCACUUGCUGAGGACUCAGACCUUCCUGGUGCUGGAAAUGCAAAAGAAAAUUGCAUGGCUGAUGUGCUGCUGACUCCUGGGUCCCAGAAAUCCUUGAUGAUCAGGGAUAUGGCUGUGGCUCUUGCCCAGUGGGAACAGCUGGAUUCUCCUCAAGGAGUUAUGCCCAAGAAGCCUAGGAAUCUGGUCUUGCUGGGACUUCCAAUUUCCAAGCCUGAUGUAAUCUGUCACUUGGAGCAUGAGGAGCUAACAAGAGAAGUCUCAAAAGCAACCAGUCCGGACUGGAAAACAAUACCAGGAAACAGAGAGCUAACUCCAGAGAAGGACUUUUCUGAAGUUUCAGCCCCUGGGGUGUUAAUAGAAAGAUUUCCAAAGGAAGGUUCCAGUGAGUGUGUGGACUCUUUAGAGAAUCAGCAAAAAAAACAUGAAAAACAUCUAAUAAAAGAGGUUGUCACUCAGAAGAAAUUUUCUGGGGAGAGAAGUUACCAGUAUGAUGAAUUUGGAAGUUUUAAUCGGCGGUCAUUACUUGUUCACCAACAGAGAGAGAGACUUCAUAAUUGUGAUUCAUUUAAAAAGAACUUAAAGCAAAAUUCAGAUGUAAUCAGGCAUGAGAGAAUUUGUGCAGGAAAGAAACCUUGGAAGUGCAACGCGUGUGAGAAGGCCUUCAAUUACUAUUCAGCUUUUGUCUUACACCAGAGAGUUCACACAGGAGAAAAACCCUAUGAAUGUAAUGAAUGUGGGAAAGCCUUCAGCCAGAGCAUACACCUUACUCUUCACCAGAGAAUUCACACUGGAGAGAAGCCCUAUGAAUGUCAUGAAUGUGGGAAAGCCUUCAGUCACCGCUCAGCCCUUAUUCGGCAUCAUAUAAUUCAUACCGGAGAGAAGCCUUAUGAGUGCAGUGAAUGUGGGAAGGCUUUCAAUCAGAGCUCAUACCUCACACAGCAUCAGCGGAUUCAUACUGGAGAGAAACCUUAUGAAUGUAAUGAGUGUGGGAAAGCCUUCAGCCAGAGCACAUUCCUUACCCAGCAUCAGGUCAUUCACACUGGAGAGAAACCUUACAAGUGUAAUGAAUGUGGCAAAGCCUUUAGUGACCGCUCAGGCCUUAUUCAGCACCAGAGAACUCAUACUGGGGAGAGGCCUUAUGAAUGUAAUGAAUGUGGGAAAGCCUUUGGCUAUUGUUCAGCUCUGACUCAGCACCAGAGAACUCACACUGGGGAGAAACCCUAUAAAUGCAGUGAUUGUGCCAAGGCUUUCAGUGACCGCUCAGCCCUUAUCCGUCAUGAAAGAACACACACUGGUGAGAAACCUUACAAGUGUAAGGACUGUGGGAAAGCUUUUAGCCAGAGUUCAUCUCUUACAAAACAUCAGAAAACUCACACUGGCGAGAAACCCUAUACAUGUAAGGAAUGUGGGAAAACCUUCAGCCAGAGUUCGUCCCUUUCUCAACAUCAGAAAACUCAUACUGGAGGGAAAACCAAGGAAUAUGGCCAAGCCUUUAGUGAGCAUUCAGCCUUUGGCCAACAUAAGAGAAUUCAUACUGGAUAAAUGGCACAUUCAGAAUAUCAUCAUGGAGCAUUUACCAUACAUUCUGUGAGGGCUACAAAGAACUUUAAGACUUUUACAAAAGGCUAUUGAGCAGUCAUUGUUGAUGUGGGGUAUAGCUUAUUUAGACUGUGAAUGAAAGGUUUUACAUUUUAAAAAUGUCUUAAUGGAGGACACUGUAAAUUUCCCUGGGGAAAGAGGAAGUUUAUUUCUAACACUAUAAUGUGUAUGUAAGUGCCCAAACCCUUAAGAGAGAAAUAGGAUGUGUCAUGGUGGAAAGAGGACUUCUUGGCUGGACAUGGUAGUCUUACGAUGUUGAGGGCCUAAAGUUAUAAAAAGGCAAGUGAUCCAUAUAGGGAAAUUGCAGAUAAUAGAAAUAAGGGAUUGAGAAUUCCUAAUGAGUUUGUCCAGAAAUGGUGAAGUUCUCCUUCACCCUUAAGUGUAGGACACAAAAGAGAAAGAUGGGAAGGAUAGACUAAGAGAAUUGGGGCAAGAACCCAAGAAGUGUUGGUUGAGAUAUAUUAGGUCAGUGCAGCUUCUGUGAGGCUUGCUUUACUAGGAAUCUAACAGCCUAGAAGCAGAAACUGGAGAUAUUUUAUGUGUUCAGUCUGCUUUAAGCUAUCUGAAUUACCUGAGAAUAUUUAUUUAUGAAGAUUUACCUCAGUUCUAUGUAGAUUAUAUCUUAGUUUUUUUAUACCAUA